UGAGCGCCGAUUUUUACUGAGCAGAACCAUGCCCAGAAUCCUAGCAGCCUGCAUGCAAUCUACCUGGGAUGAGUUCUGAUUUGUCCUGCUGCGCAUUUAUAUUCGUGUCGCCGCCCCAAACCCGCAGCAUACCUGAAUAUACAUCUACGUGCGCGCUGUGAUGAAAUCCUGAGGAACUUGAAUCGAGCGAUACAAAGUCCCUUCUCGUAAAAUCACAGGCAUGGUCGAGGCCGACCAUACGAAGGCUCGUAACGAGCCAGCUCCUUUGCGGAGCAAUCUCAGCAGCAGCAACACUGUUCGGUCUCCUGGUUCAGGAACGAUCAAAGGUCAGUGUGGGAGAUUUUGCUUUUCCCAAGCCGAUAAGAGCCCAAUUUGCAUUUAAAAUGGCGGUGUUAAGUUUUGACUCAAGUUUCUACCCGUUUGCGCUUUGUGUUAACCUGCACUAGCUGUUCAAAUCGCUGAACCACCUGAUAGCAUUUCUCCACUCAUGGCGGGUGCUUCGAAGGAAGUUGAUGAUUUCAACCUCGACCGUUCGGGUUCGGGCACACCCCGUCAACAUAAAACUAGCAUUGCAUCGUCCAGGAUGACGGGAAGAUCCGCCAUGCCAAUUCAGAAGCCUCAAACUAGGGGCUCGAUUGACAUCGGCCUCGAUGGCGGCCCCGAAAGUAACGCUGCAUCGAGGCCCAGCUCGCUGCAGGACGUCGAGGGGCUCGCAGCUCAGAUCGCCGCGUGGAUUCAGCGCGAGAAGAAUCGCAGGGCUAAACGCAAGGCGAGGCGCAAGCAGAAAAAGAAGCUUGAUGCUGACCAUGAUGUAUGCAUCGAGGAUUCUGAAUCUGACUCUUCUUCGGAGGGUUCACAGGCGCUUGACAAUUUGCAAGAUAUCAUUAGUCGUAGCCUAGCGAUAUCCGAUAAGCCAAGCUCCAAAAGAGGUCUUGUUGCUAUUCCGAGAAAACAGUCACGAGCUAAACUCCGUCGACCUUCAGCAGCGUCGGAGUCUGAGUAUGGAGAGACAGAAGACUUGGUUCCAACUUGUGAUGUCAUAUUGGACAAUAGCAAAACUCUUUCAUAUAGCGGUGGGAGGGCGGAUAUUGAGACGUCUAGUGAUGCGCGACCUCCACUUUCCAGAUCCUCAUCUUCGUAUCAGAAAGAUGCGUGGAAAAACUUCAAGUAUGAGAUUGUACGCCUUACCCAUACUUUGCGCCUUAAAGGCUGGCGGAGAGUUCCUAUGCAAAUGAGCAGUCAAAUUGAAGUCAUACGACUGAGCGGUGCGCUCACAAACGCUGUGUACGAAGUGUUACCACCCAAGGAGCUACCAGCUAAGACAACGGAUACCGUCGAUGGGACAACUUCAUCUCACCCAAAAGCGAAGCCACAAAAACUGCUCUUACGCAUCUACGGACCGGGCGUCGACAAUCUCAUUGACCGCGAGGCUGAACUACAGAUUCUACGUCGCUUGCGACGCAAAAACAUAGGUCCACGUCUUCUUGGGUGCUUCUCAAACGGCCGUUUCGAAGAGUUCUUCCACGCAGAGACUCUCAAGCCGCACCAUUUGCGCGAUCCAUCGAUUUCCGUGCAGAUUGCUAAACGAAUGCGAGAGCUCCACGAGGGAAUUGACCUCCUCCCCCUCGAACGUGAAGGAGGACCAUUUGUUUGGCAAUGUAUCGAGAAGUGGCAAGAAAAAUGCGGCCAAAUAGUCAAGUGGCUCGAUGCCCAAGCCAAGACACACGGUGUCCAAGGUUUGAGUCGGCCGCCAUUUGUUUGUGGGACGGAAUGGAGUGUUUUCAUCAAGACGGUGAAGCAUUAUCAUGAGUGGUUAUACGGUCUUUACGGCGGCGUUGACAAGAUAAAAGAACAACUUGUCUUCGCCCACAACGAUACGCAAUAUGGCAAUAUUCUGCGGAUGACGCCUGAGGGGGAAUCGCCCCUCCUUACUCCUGCAAAUCAACACAAGCGUCUUCAAGUUAUUGACUUCGAAUAUGCGAACGCGAACUUGCCUGGUCUGGAGUUCGCAGAUCACUUUACUGAGUGGUGUUAUAAUUACCAUGAUGAAAAGGCUAGCCACGUCUGCAACGAAAAAAACUAUCCUACAAUCGAGGAGCAGAGGCGCUUCCUUCACGCGUAUGUAACACACAAGCCGAGUUUCUCGAAGUCCGGUGACAGCGUAAGCGGUCACCCUUCAGGACCCACGACUCCCGCACUGACCCCAGCAACGUCAUCCCUGUCAACUUCUCUGAUCUCGAACUUCAUGCUCGAUAGCCGAUUUCCGCAAACCACCAAGGACGGGGCGGGAGCGGCUUCAGAGGAAGAAGUUGAGCGUGAGAUUGAGAACGAAGUCACUCGCUUGCAACAUGAAACAAGGCUGUGGCGGCCUGCGUGUGCUGUUUUUUGGAUAAUGUGGGGAGUUAUGAAAGCAAAAAUUCCAGAUCUGCCAGAUUUUGACGAUCCUACUCAGAGUGCUGCCGUGGCUGCAGGUCCUUACAAUCCACAUGUCUCCAUAUCCUCUAGUACUCCUGGGACUAUUCAAAGCCCCAUCGAAGAAGAAGAGGGAACCGAUCCUCUGAAUGCAGAGGCCAGGGCAAUGGCAAACGAUUUUCAUGACAGACGGCCAGAUAUUGUGGAAGAAGGCGAUGAGGAAGACGCAGAAGAAUUUGACUACCUUGGCUACUCCUGGGAACGCGCGAUGUUAUUUUGGGGCGAUGCGGUUGGCUUUGGUUUCGUGAAAAGAGAAGAGCUUCCAGAAGAUGUUCAGCGAAACCUGAAAGUUGUGGAGAACUAGAAAUCGAAAUUGUUCCACAUGAUCUAGAUCCUUUCAAAGGCUCUGAGGCUACUGGCUGACUAUCCAAGUAUGCGCCAAAUGUCAUGCCUCAAAGGACUACAUGUAAAAGAGGACGUUACCUGUUCAACCUGGUGGACUGACCCGUGGAAUUUGUAGCAUGUAAGCUAACCUCAAAACAUCGCCGCUUAUGACUUAUAUGACAAUUCGAAGUUAUUGACAACCUACAACAACCUCUUUCUGAAGAUCGAGGCAAAUAAACAAUACUUCUG